ACCCAGUCAUGAGUGUGCUUAAAGAAAGUACAGUAAAUAAUUUUCUUGCGUUAAAUACUAAACAAAAAUGGUAAAAUAGGUGUAGGAUUGUAAGAAUUUAUUUACUUUCAGUACAUUCAAAAUGGACGAUGCCAUGCUAGUUCGUCUAGAACUAAUCCAUGAGCGCAUAGUGAGUUUGAUGGCACAAAGCGCCACCAGAGAAGCAGUCACUGAAGAUGAAUUGACUAAACAGAUUCAGUUGGUAGAGGAGUGCAGCUCAAGGCUCACACAGGAGUUACAUUUUUACAUUGAGAAAGGUAGUCAAAUUUCAAGUGAGAGUUUAAAAAAAUUUACCAAGACACAGUUUCAGUCUGACGAAUGGAGGGUAGAGAUGAAAGCCCUGUUAAAAAAUUCUUCAGUCACACUUAACACUGCCAAAUUACCAAAACUUUCUCUUCCAAAAUUCAAGGGAGAAACUCUACGGUGGGCAGAGUUUUGGGAUCGUUUCAAGAGUAAUGUUCACGACAAGGCCUUGCCUGAUGCAGAAAAGAUGGCAUACCUAGUCGGCUGCCUAGAAGAAGAGGCUCUUCAGGCAGUUGAAGGCCUCGGGAUAACUGAAUUAAAUUACAACGUAACAUUAGAAAUACUAAAAGAAAGGUUUGGGAACCAGCAAAAAGUUAUCGAUGCUCACUACGAUGCCAUCAAUAACCUUCAAAGAGCAGCGCACCAUGCCACAGAGUGCAGAGUAAAUUUUAAUAUGAUAGAGAGACAUCUAAGAAUCCUACAAAGUUUAGGAGAAACCGUAAAUGGGAAUCAUUUAAGGUCUACCAUUCUUUCCAAAUUCCCUGAGAAGGUGGUAUAUGAAUUACACCUAUUAACGCUGACUGAUAAUAUUGAUAACAUACGAAGCGGCUUACAAAAAAUUAUAACUGCAAUGGAGAGUGCCAAAGAAAGCCCCGUCCCAAGUAGUAGUGACAAAAUUUCUACAGCAGCACUACAUAUAACCACCCAUCAGAGGAAAGGGAAACAGGACUACAAGAGAAUAUCCCAUAAAAAGAGAUUUCUUAAACGGAAACUACCGGAGAGUACAGAGAUGUUAAAAAAUUAUAAUAAGAAACCUAAGAUGGCUUGCAUUUUUUGCCAAGGAGCACACUACAAUGCAUCCUGCACAGUAGUUAAGGAUAUCAAUGACAGGAAAAAGAAACUCGGCAAAAGAUGUUACAUUUGCUUCAAGGAAGGACAUAGAACAACAACAUGUCACAAUAGGAAGCCAUGUUACUUCUGCAAAGGAAAUCAUAAUCAAGCUUUAUGUCCACAAAAGCCAGGUACGUGUAAUAAUAUUAUAGAGUUAUCCAUGGCAUCUAUAUCAUUGUCAAAAAAUAAUGACAUCUCUAUUAAACAUGAUUAUCGUUCUUACUCACAGACGGCAAUAGUGGAGGUGGGGCAGAAGAACUCAAACAGAACUAAGACAAGGAGGCUGAUGCUUGACAAUGGCAGUGGUCGCAGCUAUAUUACCAGGAAGCUUGCAAAAGAACUUGACUUAGCGGCAGAUCAGGAAGAUGAAUUAAUGGUAUUUGUCUUCGGUGCUGAUGACCCAGUUAACAUUUCCAGCCCAUCAGCUGACAUCCAAAUCAUAACAAGAAGAGGUAUCAGAAGAGAUAUUCGAGUGAACAUUGUGCGCCGUAUAGCAAAUUAUCUUGGUCCUCCUAUGAGUAUGGAUGGAAUUGAUGGAGUGGAUGUUGUAGCUGAUGAUGGGUCUGCUAGAGAAGAACCACAACUUUUGAUAGGUGGUGACUAUUGUUAUUCAUUUUACAGAAAGGAAAUGUUAUUGCUGAAGGAGCACUUAUAUUUAAUUGACACAGAUUUUGGCUGGAUGAUUGCCGGCAAGGUCCAACAAGAAGAGAAAAACAAUACACUAUCUGUCAUCAUGUACUGCCAAUGCCAAGGAUCAGUAAUACCCUAUUUUGUAACACCAGACUUGCCUCUCCGGGAACCGGACAUCAGGUUUCUAUGGGCCUUAGAAAGUAUUGGGAUUGUAGACUCUCCUAAGAUAACUAGAGAGGAAGAGGCGAUCAAACACUUUAACGAAACGGUCAAAUAUGAAGAUAAGAGAUAUCAGGUGAAGUGGCCUUGGAUAACAUACCCACCUGACUUACCCACUAACUAUGGUCUUGCUUAUGGGAGACUGUCAAGCUUAAUUCGAAGAUUAGAACAAGAUGCCAUGGAAGAGUAUGAUAGCAUUCUGAGAGAACAACUAACUGCAGGGGUUAUAGAAGUUAUAGAUCCCUCAGAAAUUGUUUCUAAGACACAUCCUGUUCACUAUCUUGCCCAUCAUAUUAUUCUUCCGAAAGGAAAGAAGGGGCGUGUUGUGUAUGAUGGUUCGGCUAAACUUAAGAAUAGUAAGAGCCUCAAUGAAUGCAUGUACAGAGGACCUUCGAUGCUUGAAGACUUGACCGCUCUCCUUUUGAGAUUCAGAGUCAACAAGAUUGGAAUUACAGCGGAUGUAGAAAAGGCCUUUCUUCAGGUAGGACUACAACAGGAGGAUAGAGAUGUGACCAGGUUUUUAUGGCUUAAGGACCCCAAACAAGGAGUGACUGAGAAGAACCUUCUCUAUCUGCGCUUCUGUCGUGUCCCAUUUGGGGUAAUAUCCAGUCCAUUUUUGUUGACGGCUACGAUUCGACAUCAUUUGUCACAGGGUGACCAGAACCUUAUGUCAGAAAUAGCAGAAAGAACUUACGUGGACAACUUAGUCACAGGAACAGACACGUUAGAGGAAGCUCGUGAACUUGUAAACAAGACUAGGGCGACGUUCACAGAAUUGUCAAUGAAUAUAAGAGAAUGGACAUCCAACAACAAACUAUUGUUGAAGAGCAUUCCAAAACAGUUUCGAUCAAAAGACACUGAAUCGACAAAGGUAUUAGGACUUACCUGGCACAUGGGAAAGGAUACCCUGAAACUAAGGUUGGGUGAUGUGCUAUCUGAUACAAAGCAAGACAAGACAACUACAACAAAACGAGGGAUAUUGCGAACUCUUGCUUCAUUAUAUGAUCCUUGCGGAUUCGCGGCACCCUUAAUUUUGCCUGCAAAACUUCUUCUUCAAGAACUAUGGAAAAGGAAAGAAAAAUGGGAUUCUCAAUUGCCAGAGGACUUAAAGGAAGAAUGGCAGAAGGCAGUAAGUGCUUUACAGACUGCCGAUGAAAUAGAAAUACCCAGAUAUGUUGGCCUGUCACCAAAUGAAGACACAGAAUGUGAACUUCAUUGUUUCACUGACGCAUCUAAAAGAGCCUACUCAGCUGUAGUAUAUCUGAGGAUAGUGAAUAAGGAAGAUAAGAGCACUAAAGUCAGGCUCAUAAUGGCUAAAUCCCGGGUUACCCCGAUAAACCACACGGAAGACCUCAAAAUCCCAAAAUUGGAAUUACUUGGAUUCGUCAUAGGGAAGCGACUCUUAACUUAUGUAAAGAACACCCUUAGAAUAGACUUGAAGCGACUAUGCCUUUGGUCCGACAGUGAAAUAGUUUUAUACUGGAUGAAAUCGGAAAAGUUGUUGCCUCCAUUCGUUUGCAGAAGAAUAAACGAAAUUAAACAGAAUAAAGACAUAGAACCUAGAUAUGUCAAUACAGAAUUGAACCCUGCAGAUCUAGCAACACGACCGGAACUCUGGCAUACGAAGAAGGAAUUGUGGUUCAAUGGACCUCAAUUUCUUUCGCUGAGUGAGGAGGGCUGGCCAAAGUUGCAAGAACAUGGCCAGUCAGUUCUUUUUGCAGGAACCGAUUCAAUAAUAGAUACCAUGGAGACGGACAUGUCAUCUCAAGCAGAAGAAUCAGUCAGAGGAACCAUAGAACAGGAAAAUACAGAAGGAAUGACGAUAGAUAUAGAGAAUAUAGAAAACAAUGGCCAGAUGCAAGUUUCGGCCACCGGAGUUGAUUUUAACUGCACAGAGAUAAAGAAUUUACAAAAAUUACACUUCCCACAAGAGGCAGCAGGCAAGGAAACGAGCCUAUCAAGGAAUUUAGGACUAUUUGUGGAUAUGGAUGGAUUAUUAAGAUGUAAAGGUCGGCUUAUGAACACAAUGUGUUCAUAUGACACCAAAUAUCCGAUAUUGAUACCUAAGAACUCGGAAUUUACAGACAGACUGAUUCUGGAGACUCAUCAGAGAUACUAUCAUGUGGGAACCCCACAUACACUGAGCAUUAUUCGCCAGAAAUACUGGAUUCCUCAAGGAAGAGCGAAGGUUCAGCGAAUCAUAAGAAAAUGCCAACAGUGUGUUAAACAUGGAGGUGGUCCCUACAAACUUCCCCCCACACCAGCACUGCCAGCAGAACGUGCUAAUUAUAGUGCUCCUUUCACAUACACUGGCAUCGACUAUUUUGGGCCCAUCCUUGUUACGGAGAACGGACAGAUGAGAAAAAGAUGGAUUUGUCUGUAUACUUGUCUGGCUGUACGCGCAAUUCACAUGGAAGUAGUUAAGGAUUUAACUGCGGAGGAAUGUUUACUUGCAAUGAGAAGAUUCAUAUCUACCAGAGGAAGACCAGAACUCAUCGUCUCAGACAAUGCAUUACAGUUUAAAUUAACUGCAGAAUUAUUGUCAAACACAUACUUCAUGGACAAUAAAAUAAGGUGGAAGUUUAUCCCUCAGCUCAGUCCAUGGCAUGGAGGGUUUUAUGAAAGGCUGGUCGGCAUCGUGAAGAAUUGCAUGAAGAGAACCUUAAAAAAGAGAAUUCUAAAUGACUCACAGCUGAGUACAGUUGUCAAAGAAAUCGAAGCUGUGGCUAAUUCACGUCCACUUACUUGUGUUGGUUCAGACAUAGAAUAUGUUUUAAGGCCGGCAGACUUUCUCACCUACGGGAAAUGUAUAGCGAUUGAGCCUUCUAUACAAAAUCCGUAUCCAGGUGGUUCCGUCACAAAAGAAAAUCUAAUAGAAGGAUGGAAGAAGGGUCAAAUUAUACUAGAAGAAUUUAAAAGAAUGUUUCUGGGACAGUACCUAUGCAGUCUACGUGAAAGGUACCAACAUUCACACAAGGAACCCCGAGUUAAAACUCAUCAAAGCCCUCAUAUUGGUGACAUAGUCCAGAUUAAGGGAGACUCGAAAAACAGAGAGAACUGGAAGGUAGGAAAAAUCAUCAGUUUGGAACGAGGCGCCGAUGGAGAAUGCAGAGUUGCAAAGGUCAAUGUUGAAGGAAAAGAAUUUAUAAGGUCAAUAGGUCACUUAUAUCCAUUAGAAGUGGAAGAGGCUAGACUGGAAGUUGCAGGAACACAAGAAAGAAUUCAAGUAAAUCCAGAUGUACGGGAGACAGAGGAAUCUUCACUACAUGGAAUCACAGAGAUAUCUGAAAUAGAAACCAGAUAUCCUGAAAGGGAAUCAACAGAACAGGUGCCACCAGAAAUUGCAGUAGAGGAUGAUGUUAUAUUGGAGACCAAUGGUUUAGACAAAAUACUCACUCCCGAAGAACGGGUGCAUGAAAAUGGUAUUGGUGAGCAUAGUAAAGAGGUGACUGAAGGUGACGAAGACGUAGGGAGAGUAGAAACUGUCAAAUGUCAAUAAAGAAAGAAGUAGAAGAGCAGCGGCUGUCCGGGCGAGAGAAAGGAUUGCCCAAUGGACGAGCCAGCUGAUAGCCCUGCUUUAAAAACUCACGGCCGUUGGGGAGUGUCGCGUCGAACGCGAACCUCAACAAAAUAGCAGUAGGAGGUAGAAGACUUUUUUUCCCAACGGAACAAUGUUCGCGUGGGCGGGAAGUAAGUUGUGAAGAAAGAAAGAAGACCUGCGGGUUUUAAAUGGUGAGUGUUAGAAAUAUAGUAUCAUCAUUAUUUGUACUAGAGAGAUGAAGGGAUAUCCAAGAAUGAAGAAUGAGAAUUAGAACAGAAACAGCCAAGAAUAAGCCAAAUGGUUGUGAGUGGACAGGGUCGGGCUAUAAGGGGAGUUGUGGAGGCCCGCGGCGGAGAAAGAAUCUCCGCCAAACAAUCAGAAUAGAAACUAGAAUAGAAGGUAAAUUGUAAUAGAAUCUAGAUCAGAAUAUAAAUCUAGAAAUCACUUCAUCUCUCACUCUUUAGUAAUAUGUGGUAUAUUCUCAGAUGUAUCUUGUCGUUAUGUCUUGUUAGAACUCAGGCAUGGUUUGAUAUUAGGGUAAUAAAGAAUAUUACUCUAGUUGCCAGCCUUGCAUAGAUAUAGACGUCACGACAGGUUGCGUGUUGCCGUUAAACUACGAAAACAGGCGGCCCGCGAGCCUUCCUGAUGUCUGAUAAAGUCACAAAAUAUUAACAAAGUACGGAACGAAGUGUGGCCCGAUUCAACUUCGUUAACUACUAUGUGGCCAAAGCUGGUAAAAGGUUGCCGACUUAAUUACGAAUUUGAAGU